AUGGCCCCAACACACCGUCGUGGACCUUGGGUUCCUGAAGAAGACCAGCUACUCCUCCAGUUAGUCCGCGAGCAGGGUCCCAACAACAACUGGGUUCGCAUCUCUCAACACAUGCACUACCGCUCCCCAAAGCAAUGCCGAGAGCGAUACCACCAGAACCUCAAGCCGUCAUUGAAUCGCGACCCCAUUUCAGCUGAAGAGGGGCUUGCGAUUGAACAAAUGGUCAACGAAAUGGGCAGGUGCUGGGCCGAGAUUGCUCGGCGACUAGGGAAUCGCAGCGACAACGCCGUCAAGAACUGGUGGAAUGGCAACAUGAACCGCAAGAAGAGAGGCCUCCCACCCAGCAUCAGCAGCUCCCCUCACUCAAGGACGUCCAACGGCCGCAUCGAAGCUCCAUACCACCGCGCCUCUCUCGGAGGCAGCCCGAUCCUGCGCUCUCGAUUUCCCUCCAUCUCCUACGACAGACCCUAUACCUCAUGGACCUCCAGGUCUUCCGCCUCUUCUCGCCGCGAAUCUUUCAGCACUUCCUCCUCCUUUUCUCGACAACUUACUCCCAUCUACACACUUCCUGCCCUCAAUCGACCCGUCGAGGCGCCCUUGACUUCACCUGCCUUUUCAGAUACCUCCAACGCCCCGCCGUCCAUGGUCUCCGAUAACAACUCGAUCUCGUCUGCUUCGCCCCGCACUCUCCCCUCACCGCAGCUUCUCCCUCUGCCAGUGGACACACGCUACCAGUACGGAGAACUGCCUAGGCCACAAACCUCAGAUGACCUUUACUUUUCCAGCUUCCCUGGGAAAUCCACGGGAAUCUUCUCGGACCCAAAGCCCAGAUGGGUUCCCGAGCAACAGCCGUACUGGCUUUCUGAGGAGAGGAUGGAGUCCCGACGAGACUCUCGGAUGGGUCUCGACAACCUCCUGAACUGA